AUGCCGUCGACCGCUUCAGCAUCAAAGAAGACGCCAUCACUGAAAAGCUUGUCCGUUAAGCUUAAGGAGAUACAGACUUCCAUGAUGGAUAUUUGGAAGUUUAUCGAGAGCUUUCCGGAAGACGCAACGAUAAGCAAAAUAAACGUUCGACUGGAAAAAUUAGAUGAGCUGUGGGAAAGGUUCAGUGAGGUUCUUGUGGAAAUUAAAUGCCACGAGGACUAUGAUGCUGAAGAUGAAGCCUACGACAAGGAAAGGCUAGAAUUUAAUAACCGUUAUUAUGAAGGAAAGGCCUUCCUCAUGGAAAAAGUAAGGGAAAGGGAAGAGCCAGUGUUAGAAAGGACUUCGCGUGUUAAUGAGUCGGCAACUGAGGGUGCACUUGAUAACGUGCGGCUUCCGCAGAUCAAAUUACAAACUUUUAACGGUGAGAUAGACGACUGGUUGAGCUUUCGGGACUUAUUCACUUCACUUAUACACUGGAAAACGGAACUACCUGAGGUGGAGAAGUUUCACUAUUUGAAGGGAUGCCUUCAAGGUGAACCAAAAAAUAUGAUUGACCCCCUUAAAAUCACGAAAGCAAACUACCUAGUGGCAUGGGAGAUGCUGCUGAAACGGUAUAAUAACUGCAAGCAGCUGAAAAAGAGGCAAAUUCAGUCGCUAUUUUCGUUGCCAACGCUCGCGAGGGAAUCGGUAGGAGAAUUGCACACGUUAUUGGAGAGUUUUGAACGAGUAGUGCAAACUCUGGACCAGAUAGUACAGUCGUCUGACUACAAGGAUUUGCUGCUAGUCAACAUACUUACCACUCGGUUGGAUCCUGUAACCCGUAGAGGUUGGGAGGAAGCUUCUUCGACGAAGGAACAAGAUACGUUGGAGGACCUUCUAGAUUUUCUGCAUCGUCGAAUUCGCGUUUUGGAAUCUUUGCCAGCCAAAACAGUUGAAGCAAAAAUGCCGCCAAGUGCAAUACUAAAACCAAGGCAAAGCACUAGCAGGACUAGUUUUAGUGCAGUACCAACGUCUGGGGGGCGUUGUGUGGCUUGCUCAUCCCAUCACCCACUGUUUCAAUGCAGCACUUUCCAAGGAAUGUCGGUUGCGGACCGGGAUGGGCUUUUGAAAGGUCACGCACUGUGCCGAAAUUGCUUUCGGAUCGGACACCAAGCGAAGGAGUGCCAAUCCAAAUACUCCUGUCGCAACUGUAAGGGACGUCAUCAUACCCUGGUCUGUUUUAAGGUGGAAAGGUUAGGUGACACAAAGGUAGCAAUGGUUGUUAAGGAAAGGAAUGCACCAACCAAAAGGGAACAACCUACAGCUUCCCACUCUUCGUCAUCGCAAGUGGCUAACGUGGCAGCCACUAAGGUUUCGGUUUCCAAUGCUACGCAUCAAUACUCUUCCCAGGUGUUGUUAGCAACUGCGGUCAUUAUUAUAGAAGAUGACGAAGGUGUUUCCUACCCAGCACGGGCUCUCCUGGAUUCGGGUUCAGAGAGCAAUUUCAUCUCGGAACGGUUAUGCCAAUGUAUCAAAGUAUCUCGCAAGAGGGUAGAUGUCUCAGUUUCUGGUAUCGGACUGGCAACGAUGAAGGUAAAGCACAGGAUUCACGCGUUGGUACGUUCGCGAGUUUCGGAUUUUAGUCGCGAUUUGGAGUUUUUAGUUUUACCUAAGGUAACGGUUAACCUUCCAACAACCGCAAUUAAGACGUCUGGAUGGUCUAUUCCAGAAGGGGUUGAAUUAGCUGAUCCGGCAUUUUUUCAAUCGAAAGGCGUAGAUGUGGUCCUUGGGAUAGAGGCAUUUUUUGACUUCUUCACCACCGGCAAACGAAUGUCUCUUGGAGAGCAGCUGCCAUCGCUAAACCAUUCGGUAUUUGGUUGGGUAGUCUGUGGAGGAUUAGCAAAUUCUACACAAGCGUUACGUAUUAACUGCAACGUUUCAACGGCAGAGCGAUUAGAUGCCAUGAUCGAACGAUUUUGGAGCUGCGAAGAAAUUGAGGAAGAUAAUUCAUAUUCUCCUGAGGAAAAACGCUGCGAGGAGCUUUUUCAGCGUACAGUUUAUCGAGAAAAAAAUGGGCGAUAUACAGUAGCAUUACCGAAAAAUGACGACAGGUUGCUUCGAUUGGGACAGUCCAAGGACAUCGCAUUCCGACGUUUGCGAGGUACGGAACGCAGAUUAGCAAGGGAUACUGAUUUGCGCACGCAGUACACGGCAUUUAUGGAUGAAUAUUUAGAAAUGGGCCAUAUGCGAAAGGUGAAUAAGGAUGUUCACGUUAAGGGUGAGCGGUGCUUUCUGCCACACCAUCCGGUUGUUAAGGCAGCGAGUACAACAACGAAGGUGCGGGUGGUUUUUGAUGCCUCCUGUAAAUCAUCGUCUGGCAUCUCGUUGAACGACACUUUGCUGGCAGGGCCAGUGAUACAAGAGGAUUUGCGGUCUAUUGUGCUGAGGUGUCGUACUCGCCAAAUUAUGGUAGUAUCGGAUGUUGAAAAAAUGUUUCGGCAGAUUCGUGUUCGGUCAGAGGAUAGACCGCUUCAGUCCAUCCUAUGGAGAUCGUCACCAUCAGAGGAAGUGGAGGUUUACGAGCUAGGUACAGUGACGUACGGAACCAAACCGGCACCUUUCCUUGCUACGCGAGUUUUACAACAGCUAUCGGUGGACGAGGAGGGAAAAUAUCCGCUGGCAGCUCGAGCAGUGAGAGAAGACACGUAUAUGGACGAUGUCAUCACCGGUGCAAACGACACAAAUACCGCGAAGGAGUUAAGAAUCCAGCUAGAUAUGAUGAUGUUGGCAGGGGGAUUUAGGCUUAGGAAAUGGGCUUCAAACUGCACUGAGGUACUGGACGGCAUCCCGCAGGAGAACCUGGCCAUACACGAGGGAGUGAAUUUGGACCCAGAUCCAGCGAUUAAGACUCUCGGUUUAACGUGGGUUCCAAAACUCGACAUUUUUCGAUUCCAAUUCUGCAUUCCCGAGUUGAAGGAGGAAACAGUGCUAACAAAACGUACAAUUCUAUCAAUUAUCGCCACAUUAUUUGAUCCGUUGGGGUUGCUGGGAGCAGCCGUCACAAGUGCUAAAAUUCUAAUGCAGCAGUUAUGGACACUGCAAGAUGAGGAAGAACGUAAAUUGGAAUGGGAUCAGCCUGUACCAUCCCAGCUAGAGAAAGUAUGGCGUAAAUUCCUUGCGCAAUUACCAAUUUUAAAUAAAGUUACCGUACAGCGUUGCAUAAUUAUACCAAAUGCAGCUUUCGUGGAAAUGCAUUGCUUUUCCGAUGCCUCAGAAAGGGCCUACGGUGCAUGCGUGUACAUCAGAAGUCAAAACGCGGCAGGAGAUGUUGUGACUAGACUUCUUACCUCAAAGUCGAAGGUUGCACCCUUAAAAAGGCAAACAAUUCCACGCUUAGAGCUUUGUGGAGCACGGUUAGCCGCUCAGCUCUAUGAUAAGGUCAAACGCGCUAUUAAAAUUCCCCUGAGAACAUAUUUUUGGACCGAUUCAACAUGCGUUUUGCGCUGGAUUCAAGCGUCCCCCGCGAAUUGGACAACCUACGUCGCCAAUCGGGUGUCCAUAAUUCAAACGUUAACGGAAAACUGCUACUGGAGUCAUGUGCCUGGCGUAGAAAAUCCGGCCGAUCUAAUAUCCAGAGGGAUUUCUCCAGAAGAUAUCUUAUCCAAUAGCAGCUGGUGGCAGGGUCCGCAAUGGUUACACUGUGGGCCAGAGCAAUGGCCUGAAACUGCUGAGGUUAUAGACGAAGCUGGAAAAGAAGAAAGACGUCUUACAAUAGUUGCAUGUAAUGCACUUCCGGAAAUAAGCUUCAUCGAAAACUACAUAAGCAAAUUCACCACAUAUUCGGAUAUGAUUUGUCGGACAGCGUACUGGUUACGGUUGAGGAAAUUACUUCGUAAACCGAGAGACGAACGGAAGGAUUACACAUUCUUAUCCACAACAGAACUUUUAGCCGCCGAGAACAGUCUGAUCCGUUUAGUACAGGCGGAAUCGUUUGCCAAAGAAAUAAAGGCGCUGAAAGCGAAUGAAUCGGUACCCACGAACUCACGACUGCGAUGGUACAGCCCUAGGUUGUCUGAGGAUGGAUUGAUUAGGCUUGGAGGUCGACUUGAGAAAUCAAAUGAAGCAGAAGGUACGAAACACCCCAUCCUAUUGCCAGCUCGACAUGCAUUCACGCGCAAACUAUUGCAACACUACCAUGAGCGACUACUACAUGCCGGGCCGCAACUGAUGCUGGGAGCCGUGCGAUUACAUUAUUGGCCAUUAGGAGGGCGACAGGUAGCUAGACAAAUCGUUCACCGCUGCGUAAAAUGCUUUCGUUCCAAUCCCACUAAGGUUCAACAAUAUAUGGGAGAGCUACCAUCAUCCAGAGUUACUGUUGCAAGGCCUUUUGCCCGAACUGGAAUUGAUUACUUUGGGCCAGUAUAUGUGCGACCAGCUCCUAGAAAACAUGCUGUGAAGGCAUAUGUCGCAUUAUUUAUAUGCCUAUGCACAAAAGCCGUGCACUUAGAAUUGGUCACAGAUUUGUCAACCGAUCGAUUUCUUCAGGCUUUACGUCGCUUCGUUGCUAGACGAGGCAGGUGUUCCGAUAUUUAUUCGGACAAUGGGACUAAUUUUGUGGGGGCCCGUAAUAAGCUACAAGAGUUCUUAAAACUGCUUAGGAAUCAGCGUCAUCAUGAAAUCGUUGCGAGGGAAUGUGCUUCUGAAGGCAUACAGUGGCAUUUUACACCUCCAGGUGCACCACAUUUCGGAGGGCUUUGGGAGGCCGCAGUGAAGUCUGCCAAAAGACAUCUGCUAAAGCUUGUUGGAGAAAACCCCGUUUCACCAGAAGAUUUUAUAACACUGCUCACUCAGGUUGAAGGCUGUCUCAACUCGCGACCUCUCACACCGAUGUCUGACGAUCCAAAUGAUCUGGAGCCUUUAACACCUUCGCAUUUUCUUGUCGGAAGCUCACUUCAAGCCAUACCUGAACCCAACUUAGAAUCAGUGCCCUUCAAUCGACUCAAUCAAUGGCAACAAAUGCAACGAAACCUGCAAGAGUUCUGGCGCAGGUGGCGUCGAGAAUAUUUAAACCAGUUGCAAGCAAGGCAGAAACGCUGGAAACCACCAGUGCAGAUACAAAUAGGCAAACUAGUCGUGAUACAGGACGACAAUCUUCCACCAAUGCGCUGGCGAAUGGGAAGAAUCACAGCCAUUCAUCCCGGUGACGACAACGUAGUUCGCGUCGUUACAGUUAAAACUUCGUCAGGGGUGCUUGUUAGACCAGUAGAAAAGCUUUGCAUCCUACCUGUACCGGAUGGCGAUGAGGAGCUUGAGAUGAACGCUACACCAACCCAUAAUGCGUAA